GCAACACUAGACUGGAACAAUCGCUCGUCGAUGGGCGUUGUUCGAUAACGAGCUGGGCCAGGAACUUGGUCUCCAAUGUUAUGGCGUUGCUCAAGCAAAGUUGCUUUGUGGUCGGCCGUCUCUCAGCUCAUCGCCAUUGGCUCGGAGCGACAAGUAUCUCGCACAGCUGCAAAAGCGGCAUAUCAUCUGCGGCCAAGUCCUCUCCGAAUACGGCUGACAGGAGCAAAGUGCUACUGAGCGAUAAUGAAGGCCCCACGCUGCAGGACUUCAUUUCAGGGGAACUAUCCGAGAAAGACAACUGGGCAGAGUACAGAGGCAUAUUGAAGAGACAAAAGGGCGAGAGGCUUCGGCUGCCUCCUUGGCUGAAGACAGAAAUCCCAAUUGGGAAGAACUACAACAGGCUGAAGAACUCUUUGAGAGACCUCAAUCUUCACACCGUAUGUGAGGAAGCCAGGUGUCCUAACAUUGGCGAAUGCUGGGGAGGAGGAGAGUACUCUACAGCUACAGCCACCAUUAUGCUGAUGGGCGACACAUGCACGCGCGGAUGCCGCUUUUGUUCUGUCAAGACUGCUCGCCUGCCACCACCUCUGGACCCUGAAGAGCCCUAUAACACUGCAAAGGCCAUCGCAGCAUGGGGACUUGACUAUGUGGUGCUCACAUCUGUGGACAGAGAUGAUAUUGCGGAUGGAGGGGCGGAACAUUUUGCCAAGACUGUUUCUCACCUGAAGGAAAGGAACCCUCAGAUCCUGGUUGAAUGUCUAACACCUGAUUUUCGGGGCGACCUUGCAGCAGUGGAGAAGAUCGCCUUGUCAGGUCUGGAUGUAUACGCGCACAACGUGGAGACAGUCCGUGAGCUGCAAAGGCAUGUCCGAGAUCCUCGAGCCAAUUUUGACCAAUCUCUGAGCGUUCUGAAGCACGCCAAAAAGGCCAAUCCUGCUUUACUUACAAAGACAUCCAUCAUGCUCGGAUUGGGAGAGACUGACCAACAAAUUCAAAACACACUGACUGAGCUGCGUGAAGUCGCAGUGGAUUGUCUGACACUGGGACAAUACAUGCAACCCACGAAACGGCAUUUAAAGGUGGAUGAAUACAUCACACCAGAGAAGUUUGCACACUGGGAGAAAGUUGGGAAUGACAUGGGCUUUGUCUACACUGCCAGUGGGCCGCUGGUUCGAUCCUCCUACAAAGCAGGAGAGUUCUUCCUGAAAAAUCUGCUGAAGCAGAAAAAAGCAGCAGCUGUUACGGCGGAAUGAAUAGUGACAAACCAGCAACCCUGUCUAUAAACACAACUUGAAAUCAGUGCCACGAUGCAUUACUUCAAGUCACAGUAUAACACACAAUACAGAAUAGAAAGCAUGUCUACACUCAAGUGAAGUAAACGAGGCCAAGGGGUGGGGUGAGGGUUUACAUAAAAACUGGGACCAUCUGUCAUGGACGUUUGAGAGAUGAUUAAAGAGAAGGCGAGCAGGGACAGGCCAGCGGCUAUCCAGAUAACCACCGGAGUGUCGACUGUCCACGAUGAGAACAUUUUGCUGCUUAUUUUGCCACUCCGGGGCCCCUUACUGUAUUCUGUCUCCACUCUUCAGGGGCCCCUGGACCUUUUCUUUGUAAGAGGCACUUCAAGGUUUGCUACACCUGCUGUAUGUGUGGUUAUUUAAAAUGACAUUGCGUUGGGAUACCAAUAAUUAUUUACUUGACCUGAGUAAAUCAAAGUUAGCACUCAAA